AUGACCUUCACCUCAGCUGGCAUGGUGGUAGCCCACCUUGGACCCUCAGCUGGCAUGGUGGUAGCCCACCUUGGACCCUCAUCUGGCAUGGUGCCAGCCUGCUGUUUGGAACUCUCGGAGACGUACGGCAAUGUGUUCACCUUCCACAUGGGUCCCAGGAAGUACAUGGUUUUGACAGGCUAUGAGGCGGUCAAGGAGGCUCUAGUAACCCAAGCAGACGACUUCUCGGAGAGAGGCAUUAUCUUCGGUAAGGGGGAAUCCUGGAAGGUGAUGGGUCGAUUCACCCUCUCCACUCUGCGGGACUUUGGGAUGGGGAAGAAGACCAUUGAGGACCGGAUCAUCGAGGAGUCCCAGAGACUGGUGAAAGUCUUCCAGUCCCACAAAGGAAAACCCUUUGACCCCCAAAUCAUCAUCAACUCUACUGUCUCCAGCAUCAUCUGCUCCAUCGUGUUCGGAGACCGCUUCGACUACAGCGAUGCACAGUUCCUGAAUCUGCAAAGAAUUGUCAACGAGAACCUCAGGCUGGCUGCGAGCCCCAAGACACAGCUGUAUAACAUGUUUCCUUUCCUGGGCUUCUUCCUGUCUGAUCACAAGAAGGUGCAAACAAACAGAAUAAUGCUGCAGGAGUACUUUAGAAAUGCAUAUAAGGAUUGUAAAGACAGUGUGGACAGCAAUGACCUGAGGAGCUUCAUCGACACGUUCAUCUCCAGGCAGAGAGAAGAGGAGGCCAGAAACUCCAACAAGUAUUUCCACGAGGAUAACAUGGCCGUCACAGCGGGGAACCUGUUUGCUGCAGGGACUGAGACCACCUCUACCACCCUGCGCUGGGGGCUGCUGCUCAUGAUGAAGUACCCCCACAUUCAGGACAAAGUCCAGGAGGAGAUUGAGAGUGUGAUUGGGAGGGAGCGCCCCCCGCAGGCCGAGGACAGGAAGUGCAUGCCCUACAUGGACGCCGUGCUGCACGAGAUCCAGGGAGUGGGCAACGUGGUGCCCAUGAACCUGCUGCACGAGACCACAGGGGACACCACCUUCCGGGGGUACAGGAUACCCAAGAGUACCCCGGUGAUCCCGCUGCUCUCCUCCGUGCUCUCUGAUAAGACACAGUGGGAGACCCCUCACCAGUUCAACCCCAACCACUUCCUGGACGCGCAGGGCAAGUUUGUCAAGAGAGACGCCUUCAUGCCCUUCUCAGCAGGUCGGAGGGUGUGUAUUGGAGAGACCCUUGCCAAGAUGGAGCUCUUCCUCUUCUUCACCAUGCUCCUGCAGAAGUUUCACUUCCGCCCGCCCCAGGAGGUCAGCCCUGAGCAACUGGACCUCACACCCACCCCUGGCUUCACCUCCGGCCCCCAGCCCUUCCAACUGUGUGCUCUGAGCCACUGAGAGACCCUGUGAUACUGCGACCCUGCCUUACUGCAUCUGCUAGACCUUACUACAGCCACUGACCCCUCACACUGGACCCUAUUGAAAUUAGGGCUUCAGUCAAUUAAAAUUUUUGAUGGUUAAUUUAUGGGGAUUAGAAAAUGAUUCAGUACCGUCGGCCAAUCAGCUUCCAGUUCUAGCGGGCUCUAAUAGACGGUAGAUGCCCACUGGAACGUCUCAGCACCAACUGUGAAUCAAAUUUAAAAUCAAUCCGCGCAAGUGCUGGCUUUUUACUUUUUGACUUCCU